AUGGCUGAGGUUUUACUUUCUCCAACUCACAUAGGAUCCAACAGCUAUAAUAUAGUUGAUGAGAAAAGGCGAUUACACCUGGAAGACGACGAUGAUCUCACUGAUAUUGAUGAUGUGACCAUUGAGGAUAGCACUGAGCUCCACACCACGGUGGACACUACGGUGUCUAACACUGAUACCUCUUCCGCAAAUAUCAAGAGAAGAUCAGGCUUGGAUACCAAGAGAGAGAGACCCAAGUCAUCCCUUUUAGACUCUCCCAUACAAACUCUUCCAGAGAGCUUGACGGACUUCCUUAAGAUCCCAACGCAGAAACAGCAACUGCAACAACUGCUGCAGCAGCAAAAACAAUCGCAUUCCACCUCUUCACCAAAGAUGAAGUACCGUAAACCAUUCAAGAACCUCACCAAUCUCAUGAGCUCUUUCAAGAAGGGCUUGACCAGGCACACUACUGUAGGUGUGACUACAGAAGACAAGAUCCCAUGUCUUGAUCACCUCCAUGAAGACGAGAAUGAAUAUGAAUUAGAUCUGCCUGAACCUUCCAACUUAGCUAAUCCCUUCGACGCAACUUCCUCACCUCCAGAUUCACCCACUCGCUCUCCAACUAGAGCCAAACCAUCACCAAAGAUCUCAUUGAACAGUGCUCAGGUUAAUCCUCGUACAAUUCGCAGGAUACAGUCAAUGUACCACACCGAAAAGGAAAGGCCCCCAGUUUCAAUGGAAAACAAUUCCAUUCUCGCCAAGUCCACUUUAAACCAUUUCAAGGUUGAUAACGAUCUUUUACCUCGAAUUGGCGUUGAAGAUUUAGAAAACAUAUUACUGGGCAAACACAUGCAUGAGUUUGAUGAAUUUAUUAUAAUUGAUUCACGAUUCCAAUACGAAUACAAUGGAGGGCACAUCAAGGGAGCAAUUAAUAUCUCCAGCCAGCAAGACUUGGAAGAUAAAUUUAUCAAGAACGUAGAUGCAAGCGACACUAGGAAAUCUAAGUUGGUCAUAUUCCAUUGUGAAUUUAGUAUUUUCAGAGGCCCUACCAUGGCUUCACAUUUAAGAAAAUGUGACAGAAUCUUGAAUGCUGCCAAUUAUCCAAGGUUAACUUAUCCGGAUAUUGUUAUCUUGGAAGGUGGUUAUAAGAAGUUUUAUGAUAAGUUUAAGCAUGUUCACUGUGACCCACAGGAAUACGUCGAGAUGAAGGAUAUUAACCAUCAAAAAGCCUGUGAAAUGGAAAUGAAUAAAGUGAGACAGGCUAGCAAAUUGACGAGAGCUAAGUCAUAUAAUCAGUUCGGCCAACAGCAAAGUCUUAAGUUCCCACAAGUGCACCAACAGCAACAAGCACAACAGUGCUCAGCCCCUGGACCACACGGCCGUCUUGCCCACAAUAGAUCCUCAUCUUAUACCACUGUCACUUCUCACAGUGAAAAUUUAAAGAUCCUCAAAAGACAGAGAUCGAUCUCCAAAUUGAAUCACCUGAGCCAGAGCAGUCUCAGCGACCUCAGUUCCGAAGCGCCUACCAACGAAGCCAGUAGGUUGACCCGCUCUUCUACAUUUUCAUACAGUCAAUCCAUUUUCAAUUCUAGUUCUAACUCUUCUCCAACGAAGAUUUUGAAUUCACCUUCGAAUCAUUCAAAUCCAAAUUUUCCAAUUUUGGACGAAGAUUCAUCAUCAUUGCAGCCACCUCUGGCUCAGUUCAAGUAUUUGAGCGGUUUGAACAACAGGAGAUCGUACAACAAUUUAUCCUCGUCAAGUAUCAAUUCGUAUCUGUCAAUAUCAGAUCAAGGAUCAGCAUUUCUGUCUUCUGAUUCACUUUCAGAUUCAUAUUCAUCUCCAUUGACCGAAUUUACUGAUUUCUUUUCUGCUGAUAAGAUAUCUACCACAAGCACCUUAUCUUCAUAUCUCAAGCACUCCAAUUCGGCUUCUAUUUUAAAUCCGAUGGUUAAGAAACAACAACCGGUAGCUACGUUACCACAACAACAGGCUUCUAGCAUAAGAGGAGAAAGGGGAUUGAAUCAAUCUUCCAUUCAAUACCAACAUCAGUUCAAGUUUCCAGGCUUGAAAACUAAAAAUUCUCGCGGUAGACUUAACAUUAAGGAAACUCCAAGUAUCAAUACAAGUCUUUCCAAUGGUAAUAACUUCAAUGGUACAUCUUCACCAUUGAUAUCAUCACCAUUGUCAACCAUAACUCCUGCUUCGGAUUCUGCAAGGAUUUCUAACAUUUCAUCUAUCAUCGAUCCUAUUAAUGAUACUCCCGUUGACUUUUCAGUCCCCACCAAAUAUUCCAAGCACUCUAGGAGAAGAUCUGGACUGAUAAUAUCAAGUGGAUACAAUUUUAUUACUUUGGAUAUCGAUGAAAUUGAUGAAGAGGAUGAUUGUGACGGUGAUGGAACCUUGACUGAUAUCAAGCUUAAAAAGAACCCAUUUAAUAACUAA